AUGACAGAUGAUUUGAAUACUAUGAUAGAUUCGACAGAGAAAAUUUCAAAAGUUGGUGGUUAUAGAGAAACCAUUAAACCUUUUAUUCCAAUUAUCAUUACAAUAUCAUUUCUCAUCAAAGAGAUUAUAGAAAUAUAUAAGAAAGCGCAAUUUAAUAAAAAAAUAUGUAAUUCAUUACUUGAUCGAGCAAAAUCAGCAGAAACAGCCAUGAAUACUCUGCAAAGAAGAAAACAAGAGAAUGAAAAAAAUUUUCUUAAUCAAUCAUAUUAUAAUAAUUUCAAUUUUGCGGGAGAAGUGACACAAAUUCGAGGGAUUGACAAAUACCUUAAUACUACUAGUAUUGAAGAUAAAUUUUUGGAAUUGACUAGUGUUUAUGAUAAGUGUAUGGAAGAUUUACAUUUUGUAUUCGUAAUUGCUCAAGACGAACAAAGAAGAUAUGAUCAGAAAGGUUUGGAAUCAGAUCUGGCAGAAAUGAGUGAGUUUUUAAACCAGUUUCAAGGAGAAUCCGAAAUCGUUCAAGAAUCCUUAAAAAUUCUUCACCAGGAGGUAUCAAUUAUCAAAACUCAAUUAAGUCAUCCAAUACAGAUUUCGGCACCAAGGAUAGAUCCAAAGCACCUAACAGAUAUUGAAAACGAAGAAAAACUAUUAAAAACAGUAGAAAAUUCAAGCAAUAUUAUGGUUGUAAAAAAGUUAUAUAAAAAUGCUAUAGUAUCGUGUAAUAAAAUUGGAUUUCAAACACAAGGAUUGUUAGCAAUUUUAGGAAAAUUGAAUGAAUGUCCAAAUAUUUUUAAAUUCUUUGGAAUGACAAGUCGUUUGGAACCGAAGCUAGCCAAUUUUCACUUUGAAAAAGUCCUUAAUCAUUCGGAAACAAUUUUUAACGACGGUAUUUUAAAUUUUGUUCACUGGUUAGCACCAGAAAAAAUGUAUGAGUAUAUGUGCUUAAAUGCCAGGAGACAAGAAUAUACACAACAAUGUGAAAUUUUCAGUUUUGGAAUGAUGUUAUGGGAACUAUGUUUUGAAAGGGUUCCUUACCAUUGUAAAGAUACGGGAUAUAUUACAAAUCACGUUACGAAAGCUGGUAGGGAAAGAAUUCCGGUUUACUCUGGAAGCAAAGAAGAUAAAGAGAUUUAUUUUGAAUUUAUAAAAAUUAUAAAAAUGGCAUGGGCGCAUGAUCCGGACGAAAGGAUUUCUAUAAAUAAAGUCUUGAAAUUGGAUGAAGGAAUAUCGGAAGAAUCGGUAAUGUCAGAUGACGAAGAUCUUUAUG